GUGUUUGACUGCACAUAGAAAAUCUGAAGAUUACGUUUAUGCAGCAUUUCCGGCCCUGACGGCGAUAGACAGAAACGCCUCCUCGUCCGAAAAGAGGCCAUCUCGUGAGCUUCCUCGCCUUCGCACGCGGACCGCCGGCACCGGCCACCACCACCGUCAUGUUGCGCACAGCCGCUUCCCGCCUCCUCGUGCCCCUCCGGAGGCCCUCCCUGUCUCCGGCACCCUCCACGGCGGCCUGCACUCUGCGGCACCUCCGCCUCUUCUCCCCGCCGCCGCAGCCGCGUCGGGGUCCGGAUGCGGAGGUGACGCCGGCGGAGGCGCGGCGUCUGGUGCGGCUCGUGGGCGUGGAGGCGCUCAAGAGGCGGCUGCGGGAGGACGGGCGGGGCGAGGUGGUCGGCUACGGGGAGCUCCUCGACGCCUGCGUCGAGGCCGGCGCGGCCCGCACGCGCGGCGAGGCGGAGGUGCUGGCCCGGGCCAUGGAUGACGCUGGCGUCGUGCUUCUCUUUCGGGACAAGGCGUACCUCCACCCCGAGAAGGUUGUGGACCUGGUCAGAAGGGCGGUGCCGCUUGCACUCGCACCAGACAACGACACGAGAAAGGAAGAGUUUAAGCAGCUCCAGGAAAAGAAGGAAGAGAUCGACAAGCUGGCACACAAGCAAGUCCGGCGAGUCCUGUGGACUGGCUUAGGGUUCUUCAUGAUCCAGGUUGGGAUCUUCUUCCGUCUCACGUUCUGGGAGUUCUCAUGGGACGUGAUGGAGCCGAUCGCCUUCUUCACGACCACCUCGGGGCUGCUGGUUGGCUAUGCCUACUUCGUCAUCACCUCAAGGGACCCGACGUAUCAAGACUUCAUGGAGAGGAUGUUUGAGUCGAGGAGGAGAAAGCUUUGCGUGAAGCAUGGUUUCAACAUGGAGAAGUACCUGGAGCUGCAGAAACAUUGCAAGUGCCCUCUGGAAGACCAUCAUUCUCAGGGGCAUGACUCGCAACACCUGAGCUGAAGUUUCUCAGUUGUUUCUUGAUGCUGACAGUGUCAUCUCUAGCUUUUAGAAGAGCGGCCGUUUGCAUUAUCUUAUACUGAGUUUGUAUUACCAAAGUGAUAUAUAUAUAUUUACAUAAACCAGCUGUCGCCUAACAGGUUAAACCUAAGAGUUUAAGCUUAUUUA